AUGGCUUCCUAUGACUCCCGUAGCCUCGACGAGCUUGGCAUUGACCGCCUCGAUGUUGGCGUGGGUUGCCGAUGGAGGCUAACGGUGGAGCGACUCGAGGAACACCCGCUCGUCCUCCAAGGCGAUGACCACAUGCGCCACCGCCUCCACCACCUCCCUUAUGCCCUCCUAUACGUACUCUACAAACCCCAACCUAAACCUCGCCGUGGUCUCCUACAUAUACGGCCUAAGAAAGCUCGGCCAUGCAGCAGCAGCAACAGCGCCAGGAGUUCACCGCCGUACCAAGCAACCUCGACGAUGGUGGACCGCCGCUGCCGCACGUUCACUGUUGCCGCGACGCUCUGCCUCGUCUUCUUUGUGCACGGCGCCAUGGCGCGGCCUGUAGCCAGCACGGCGACAAUAGCGACGGCGCCGGCGACGGCGAUGGAGAUGCCGAUGGACGUGCCCGAUGCAGCAGCGGCGUCUCCGGAGGGAUCGUCCGCCACGUGGGAGCGCGGGGACGAGGCGCUCGGCGCCGGGAAGUGGCUGCCGCUGCCGGCGCUAACGGGCGGCCUGCGGUUCCCGGGGGUCUUCCCGCUCCCGGCGGCUGGCGGCGGGAUCGCGUCGAUGCCGUGGAUCGGCGGCGCGCCGCCGGCGCUGGCUGUCCCGGCCGGAGGCAUCCCAGCGCUGGUGCCGCCGUACGUCGGCGCGACGCGGCAGGAGCAGGUCAGCGUGUGGGCGUCGCUGUUCAACCCGUUCCAGGUCAGGGCGCCGUCGUCGACGUCGGUGCAGGUGCACUCGGAGCCGGGCUCGAGGGUGCCCGCCGUCGCCGGGGCGGGGAUGGAGAGGACGACAGCGGUGGACCAGCCGGCUGGCGUCGGCGCGCAGGUCGGCGAGCCCAAGUGGGGCGUCUUCCUAGGAACAACUACUCCGAACAUCAACGGCUAG